AUGCCACACACCCCCACCACCUUCGCACACUCGGCGUGCAGCAUCGACGACGACCUGAGGCAAGCUUCCCUCGUCGCCAACCAGCUCAAGGGCCCUGACCAGGAGGUCACGUCGUCACUGGGCUACAACGUCGUCCACCCAAACUACGGCGAGAUCCGUGACGAGCUGAAGAACCUCCCCUCCGAGAUGCGUCACCUGUCCAUGCUCGUUGUGGCCACGUUUAUGGCGCCGAGGCGUCCAACGGCCCACGUUGUCGUGCACGGCAUCAAGGCAAACUUCCCCGCCCGUGUUGGGCUGUACCGUGGCGUUGUUGCCCCCAACUCGGUGUGGGCCCUCAGAGGCCUCGACCGCACCUGCCAGGCGGACGUGUCCAGUGACAACACGUCGCUGCACACGGUCGUCGGCACCUCGGUCCAGGCGUUUGCACUUCCUUUCACGGAUAUGCUCGCCUGGGUCCGUCGACAGCCUUACACUCGCCAGAUUGUCGUCAUCGACUGCGAGGAGGCGGCGGAUACCUGUGUCGUGGCCCAUGCCAAGUUUCUCAAACGAAUCUUGGCAUUCACGGCACGCAACGCUGGUCUCGCCGUGUGCUUUGUUGACGAGCUGGUCCCGAGGGGAACGGCGCCGAGCGACAAGGCCCCCGCCUAUGUCCUCUUCACGGCCGAGGAGCCCACCGUCCCCGUCGAGCUCAAGAAGGAGCUGUGGUCGCGUGGCGUGUUCUACCGCGAAAACGGCUAUGCGUCCGAGUGUGGCAAGUGGCUCAUCUCGUCUCAAACCCCUGCCGACCGCUCGGCGUCGUUCUUGCGCCGAGACGCGCACGCCGUGGCCGACCCUAUCACGCGGGCCAUGGAACACGCGGUUCCCGUGGACGUGGUUCCUUCGCGCGUUGAGGGUCUCGACCAGGUCCUGCCCUUUGGCCGAAACGCGUCCAUGGCCGUGCAGCUCGAACUUCUCGACAAGGCUCUCGCCGAGCUCACCCAGCCGUCCCCCUCCGCAAGCUCCAGGGUCGGUCUGCUCCUUCGCCAGCACGGCAAGCUCAGUCAGCUCCAGGUGACCUACCACGUUCUUCUGGGCUCCGAUGACGAGACCCUCCACCGUCAAGGGGAGCUCGAUUCGAUUCCCGAGAACGAGCGUCAAGGUGUCACCGAUCAGCACACUGCCGGCGAGCUCCAGGAUGCAUUCGGCCUGCUCCUGUCAAAGCAGAGCAACUGUGCGGCAACGGUGCUUGGACGGGCUAUGGUUGAGCGACCCGACCUCUCGUCGCUCCUUUACUGGACGACAGUCGAGACCGCUGGCGGCGAGGAGCUCAUCUCGGCCGUCCGCCACACCGGUGACCCCACGUCGCCAACUGCGCUGGCGGUGAUCCGACGUGAUCCCGAGCUCCGCCACACCGUCACCUUCAUGACCGGUGUCCAGCUUGGCGUCAACGAGGACGGCACAUACGGUUCGAUCUCCAUUCCCAAGAUCCGCUCCGCGUCUCCGUCACGGCUCCCUCGCUCGCCACCAAUUGAGACGGUUGGCGAUACCGCUCUGCGUGCGAUCGCAAUGGCUCUCGCACGCAUCACUCCGCUUGCAUGGAGCUCUGGUCGACUUGACAGAAAGCUCGAGAUCAUGACUUGUGCCACCUGCACUUGGACCUUGCUUUCCGCCUUAUGCACCCUGACUCACUGGCGCUCAACCUCGAGUUCGCCCAGACCCUCUUGCAGCCUUCAUGUGACCGCCAACUGCGAGCGCUCCUUGGCGCAAGGUGCAUACUGCUACACCGAUGGAUGCCCGAAUGUAGGACUCUUUGGUGUGGCGAAGUACCGCGACCCAUCGGGUCCCAUCUUCCAGGUGUUUUUGUCGUGUGAUGAUUGGUUGAAGGCGCAACUUCUUCUCCUGCAGGCAGCCAAAAGCGCACUGGCAGCCUCUUUUCAGAGUACCUCAGUCCCCACAGUAUCCCAGUCAACUGCCCGUGUGGCCACCCCUGCGCCGCCAACGACCGCUUCAGCGCAAGGCGACUGCACGACAUCUGAGAAAUAA